UGUUGUGCUUCCGUUGUUGUUAAUUGAGUUAGCAGGAGUUAGGGCAACUACGAACAGUCAAAUUAAGUGGUGAAUCGCUAGAGAGAGAGACAGAGAGAGGAGAAAGAGGCCAGAGAUGGCAAAUCAGGGGGCCAAGAAGCGGAAGGAAGAGAAUAGUCGGCACAUGAAGAACAUCCUUCGCCUCAUCAUCGCCUGCAAUGUUAUAUAUCUCUUGGUGAGGGCGGGGGUCUUCUAUUCUACUUUCAAGUGGAAGCAUUUAGUUGGCUUUAUGUUGACUUCUUUCGCCUACAUUAUUCCCUAUCAACAACUUGCCUUAAUGGCGAAGCCUGCAUAUGCUGAUGAUGGGGAGCUUUUAGAUGGCGGGUUUGAUAUGAGUACUGGCGGAGUUUGUGGAUAUUUACAUGAUGUAAUUUAUAUUACGAGCUUCGUACAACUCACGUCCAUUAUAUCUGAGAAAUUUUGGUACAUAUAUUUAGUGGCGUCGUUCCUGCCAUUUGCCCGCAUUGGUCCGGCCAUUUCAGGCGUUGUUCCAGCUUUUCCCGGGGUUGUUCCAGCUUUUUCCCGGCAUUGUUCCGGCCUUUUCCCAGCCUAAUUCCGGCCUUUCCCAGCGUUGUUCCGGCUUUGUUCUGGACACCUUUUCAUCAUCUUUUAAAGCGUUUCUUUAGCAAGUUGGGCAUUCGUGAUAUUCAUGCUUCAACUUGAGGGGAAGUGUUGAAAUAUAUAAAUAUUUCUAUAUAAUUGUAGAGCAAAAUCCUCCACCAAUCAUGGUGCCUCUUUUGACUAUUGUACACCUUCCAUAUAUAUCCGUAUCCUUACCAUGCCUAUAUAUAAGCUUCUUGUACUCGAGCAAUAUACAGAUUUGAAUAAUAAAAAUGUAUCCCCUUAGUGACUCUUUGUCCAUGAAUGUAGGCCUUAGUGCCGAACCAUGUAUAUGCCAGUGUUUUCUCUCUUCCCUUUUCCUAUUUGCAUUUCUUAUUUCCGCAUCUGAAUUUUAACAGUAACAAACCAUUGUAGACGGUUUAUCUGAUAACAUACUCGAUUUGCUCAUUAGGAAUUGUUACAUUGUGGCAAUGAUUAUCUGACCAAAUUAAAGUUUGACAAAGAGGCUCCCUUUAAGGCUUUAAAUUGUGGUUUUCACCCAAAUUUCAUUUUACAAUUGAUGAUUGCUAGGAAAGUUGGAUCUGUACCAUGUUUUACACCAAGAUUUGCAAUUUCACAUGGUCCAUUGGUGAAAUUGCAGUGUCAUGGAACCAAUAUAUUAUAGAAAAAUGUCGUGCCAAAAAGACCUUAAUUGAAUUGUUU